UCACCUGUCCUCCCUCCCUCCCUCGCUGUCGGGGCGAAGCUCCCGCGGCCGCUGCUCUCGGCGCAAUGAGCGGCGCCGCGCUCCUCUACCUGCUGGCCGCACUUACAUCCUUGAAUGCAAUGAUGGUCAACGUGAAGGUCCCGCACAUGGAAAUAGCUCGAGGAGAUGCUUUACAUUUACAAUGUACCUAUCAAACCACCGCACCAAUUAAAAACCAUCUUAACAUUGAAUGGAUUCUAGUCGAAGAAGAAGAACCAACGAUCGAUGUAAUCCAGUACUUCUACGACGGAAUAUACAGCGUUGGAAAAAACUACAAGGGCAGAGUAAACUUUACAGGAGAUGCCAACGGGGAAGAUUGUUCAAUAGCGAUCCAGAAUGCACAGAUAACUGACACUGGAACCUACGUGGUAGAAGUCACAACACCUUUUGACUUGGCUGGCACGCGGAAAGAAACAGUGGAUGUGAUUGUAUUGGUUCCUCCAACGCCGCCCAUUUGCAAAAUAGAGGGCAAAGCAGAAUAUGGGGAGACUGUCAAACUGAUGUGCCACUCGGAGGAAGGGUCGCCUGCCCCAGUGUACUCCUGGCAAAACUACAGCCCCAUGAAUCAGCCACGGGAACUGCCUCAAAUGUCCAUUCAGGAGACAGAUGGUUUAACAUUAAGAAAUAUUUCAGCCAAGACAUCUGGCUUCUUCAUUUGUACCUCGAAAAAUAAGAUCAGAGCUGCGACCUGCAAUAUCACCUUAGCAGUAAUGCCACGUCUACUGAGCAGAAAGCGAUUCUACCAAUAG